AUGUUCCGGAGGUACGGGUGUGCAUCUCAUCACUUCCACACUCGAAAAAUUCACUCUUCACAACCACAAACCAUGGACGGAGACGACCUUUUCGAUGUCUUUUCCGAGGCACCAGCCCUGGUGCCGGAAGCUCCUAAGCAGGAAAAGGAAACAAGAAAAAGAGCUGCGUCCCCCAACCCCGAGCCGACGAUAAAAAAGCAAACGACCGCCCCCGCCAAAGUGGUUCCAGUUGUUCGAGAUGCAUCUGAAAUCGAAGCAUCGCGAGAGGUGGCGCCGUCGAGCGGAUUGUUGGCGCCUUCAGAAAACACCGAGAAGACCGGGCUCAAGUUGAAGCACCAGGUGCGUCACCAGGUGGCCAUCCCGCCUGAUUACCCAUACAUUCCUAUUGGAGAACACAAGAGGAAAAGCGAGGCCAGAACGUAUCCGUUCACGUUGGAUCCGUUCCAGGAUACGGCCAUCUCGUGCAUCGACAGGGACGAGUCUGUGUUGGUCUCUGCCCACACGUCGGCAGGAAAAACCGUGGUGGCCGAAUACGCCAUUGCCCAGUCGCUUCGAGACAAGCAGAGAGUCAUCUACACUUCGCCCAUCAAGGCGUUGAGUAACCAGAAGUACAGAGAGCUUUUGGCCGAGUUCGGCGAUGUCGGUUUGAUGACUGGAGAUGUCACCAUCAACCCGGAUGCCGGUUGUCUUGUGAUGACCACCGAGAUUUUGAGAUCCAUGUUGUACCGUGGUUCCGAGGUGAUGCGAGAAGUGGCGUGGGUCAUUUUCGACGAGGUCCAUUACAUGCGAGACAAGUCCAGAGGUGUCGUGUGGGAAGAGACCAUCAUCUUGCUCCCAGAUAAGGUGCACCAUGUCUUUUUGUCGGCGACAAUUCCCAACGCGAUGGAGUUUGCCGAGUGGAUAGUGAAAAUCCACAACCAGCCGUGUCACGUUGUGUACACUGAUUUCCGGCCCACACCGUUGCAGCACUAUUUGUUCCCAGCUGCGGGAGACGGAAUCCACUUGGUGGUUGACGAAAUGGGCACUUUCCGUGAAGAAAACUUUCAAAAGGCCAUGUCGUCUAUUUCCAACAAUAUCGGUGACGAUCCAGCAGCGACAGAGCUGCGGGGAAAGAAAAACGGCCAGACUUUCAAAGGAGGCAACAAGGACGGCAAAAGUGACAUUUAUAAAAUCGUCAAAAUGAUCUACAUGAAGAGAUACAACCCAGUGAUUGUGUUUUCGUUUUCCAAGCGUGACUGCGAGUCGCUUGCCCUCAAAAUGUCCAAAUUGGACUUCAACAACGACGACGAGCGCAGUGCGCUUACUAAGAUCUUCGACAAUGCCAUCAGCUUGCUCCCGGAGGGGGAUCGCGAACUCCCUCAAAUCAAGAACAUCUUGCCAUUGUUGCGCCGUGGUAUCGGCAUUCAUCACUCGGGCCUCUUGCCUAUUCUCAAGGAGAUCAUCGAGAUUUUGUUCCAAGAGGGUCUUCUCAAGGUUCUUUUCGCCACAGAAACAUUUUCCAUCGGUCUCAACAUGCCGGCUAAGACUGUCGUGUUCACCUCUGUGCGUAAAUGGGACGGCAAAGGGUUCCGUUGGGUUUCCGGUGGUGAGUAUAUUCAAAUGUCUGGACGUGCUGGUCGGAGAGGUUUGGAUGACCGUGGAAUUGUCAUUAUGAUGAUCGACGAGAAAAUGGAGCCGCAGGUGGCCAAGGGCAUGGUCAAGGGCCAGGCUGACCGCUUGGACUCGGCGUUUCACUUGGGCUACAACAUGAUUUUGAACUUGAUGCGUGUGGAGGGUAUUUCUCCCGAGUUCAUGUUGGAAAGCUCGUUCUACCAGUUCCAGAAUGCCUCUGCUGUGCCGGUGUUAGAACAGCAGCUCCAGAAAUUGACUUUGGAAUACAACAGCACCAAGGUUGACGACGAGUACCUUGUGAAAGAAUACUACGACUUGAAGAAGCAGUUGAAGACAUAUGAAGAAGAUGUGCGGCUGGUGGUGACCCAUCCAGGCCACAUCUUACCCUUCUUGCAACCGGGCCGUGUGAUAAAAAUCCGUGUGGGAGAGCACGAUUAUGGUUGGGGUAUGGUGGCUUCGUUCUCGAAGAGAACAAACAAAAGAAACCCAUCGCAGACGUAUACGGAUCACGAAUCGUACGUUGUGAGUGUUUUCGUAUGCACAAUGUUUGUGGAUUCGCCUGUGGGGUUGAUCAAGCCGUUCAAUCCUGAUCUUCCUGAGGGAAUCCGCCCAGCCCAAGAAGGCGAGAAGGCUAGGGCCGAAUACAUCCCCAUCACAUUGGACUCCAUUCAAGCGAUCUCAAGCGUGCGGUUGAAAAUCCCUGAAGACUUUAAGAGCUCGCUGGCAAAGCGCAGCAUGGUUCGGACGUUGAAAGAUUUGCCCAAGAAAUUGCCAGACGGAAUUCCGUUGAUGAAUCCCGUCGACAGCAUGAAAAUCGACGAUCCAGACUUCAAAAUGCUCUUGCGCAAGAUCGACGUGUUGGAAGGAAAGUUGGCCAGCAACCCAUUGCAUGAGUCGGACCGCAUCACCGACUUGUACGCCAAGUUUUCGCAGAAGAUGGAUAUUGACGCCAAAAUCAGAGAAACCAAAGAGAAGAUUCUCCAGGCGCAGGCAGUGAUCCAGCUUGACGAUUUGCGUCACCGCAAACGUGUCUUGCGUAAGCUUGCGUUUGUUACGGCAAACGACAUUAUCGAGUUGAAAGGCCGUGUUGCAUGUGAGAUCUCUACAGGCGAUGAGCUCUUGCUCACGGAGCUCAUCUUCAACGGUACUUUCAACAACUUGGGCCCUGAACAAUGCGCAGCUCUCUUGUCGUGCUUUGUUUUCCAAGAACGGGCGAAAGAGGUGCCGCGCCUCAAGCCUGAGUUGGCGGAACCUUUGAAGGCAAUGCAAGACAUGGCCACACGCUUGGCGAAAACGUAUAAGGAUUGCAAGAUCGAAGUAGUGGAGAAGGACUAUGUGGAGCUGUUCCGGCCCGAGCUUAUGGAAGUGACAUAUGCCUGGUGUAAAGGUGCCAGCUUUACACAAAUUUGCAAAAUGACCGAUGUAUAUGAAGGUUCGCUCAUCAGAACCUUCAGAAGAUUGGAGGAGAUGAUCCGCCAGAUGGAGGCUGCGGCCAAGACGAUUGGAAACGUCGAGUUGCAGGAGAAGAUGGAGAAAGCCGCUGAGUUGGUGCACAGAGACAUUGUUUCUGCUGGCUCGUUGUACUUAUAG